AGGAGCUCAUUCUCUAUCUGUCAUGAGAGAGAGAAACAGAAUAAAGAGCAAAACCUUCAAUCCAGCCAUGGCCGACAAUCCUCACUAGAAAAAAACGCCCAACUUAAAUGUUCUUCGCCAAUCUUUCUUCUUUCUUACUCCACAUUCCCGCCGCCGCCAAAUUUUCCGAUGGAUCCGUGCCCCUUCGUCCGGCUGAUGGUCGAAUCGCUCGCUCUCAACCUCCCUCAGGCCACCCGCCCCGCCGGGGCCGCCGUCCACCCCUCCGCCACGCCCUGCUUCUGCAAGAUCGCGAUCAAGAAUUUCCCCUCCCAAACGGCGCUUCUUCCGCUUUCCUCAAUUUCCGGCGACUCACCUCCGGACUCCGCCGCGUCGUCCUCCGGCUUCCACCUGGACCCGUCGUCUCUCCGUCGCCUCUCUGGCAAGCCUCUCGUGAUGUGUCUCUCGGUUUUCGCGGGGCGGAUGGGGCACACGUGCGGGGUGAAUUCUGGCAAGUUCCUCGGCCGGGUUCGGAUCACGGUGGCUCUCGACGGCGCUGACAGUAGACCCAGAGUAUUCCACAACGGGUGGGUUAAAUUGGGGAAAGAAGAGGAUAAAAUCUCGGCCCGCCUCCACUUGGUUGUCCGGUCCGAACCCGACCCGCGCUUCGUUUUCCAGUUCGGUGGAGAACCGGAAUGUAGCCCGGUGGUUUUCCAGAUCCAAGGCAAUAUCCGGCAACCGGUUUUCAGCUGCAAGUUCAGUGCCGAUCGGAAUUCGAGGACCCGGUCACUGCCGUCGGAUUUCAGCUUCAACAGUACUAAAGGAAAAUGGAUGAGAACUUUUUCAGGGGAGAGAGAGAAGCCGGGGAGGGAGAGAAAGGGGUGGAUGAUCAUGGUCUAUGACCUCUCCGGCUCCCCCGUCGCGGCCGCCUCCAUGAUAACGCCGUUCGUCCCUUCCCCGGGCACCGACCGUGUCUCUCGCUCCAACCCUGGUGCUUGGCUCAUCCUCCGCCCCCAUGGCUUCUCCGUCAGCAGUUGGAAGCCAUGGGGACGCCUCGAGGCUUGGCGCGAGCGGGGACCGAUCGAUGGCCUAGGCUACAAGUUCGAGCUCGUCGCCAACACUGGACUAGCCACUGGCAUCGCCAUCGCAGAAGCUACCAUGAGCGUAAAAAAGGGUGGCCAAUUUUGCAUCGACAGUAGAACUAUAAGAGAUUUCAGUCCAAACUCUAGAUCCAACAUUAAAGUAGGGAACUUUGUAAUGGCUUCGAGCGUGGAGGGAGAAGGGAAGGUGAGCAAGCCAAUGGUAGAAGUGGGAGUUAAGCACGUGACAUGCAUGGCGGAUGCUGCUUUAUUUGUAGCUCUAGCAGCCGCCAUUGAUCUUAGCAUGGACGCUUGCAGACACUUCACACAGAAGCUGAGAAGAGAACUCUGUCACGAUGAACACGAUUCAAGUUUUCUUUGAAAUCCUAUCAAUUUUUUCCACAAAAUUUCUCUACUUUUUUUAAUUUCUUUGCAAUGAUAAACCAGUUUUUGGAUUUGAGCAGAGAAACCAUAUAUUUAUGUAAUCUUAUUUCCAUCCAAUUUCCAUUUCUUUUUCUUUCUUCUUCAUUGAUUCUUUAAUUAAAUUCCAUCCGAUCCCUUUUGUUCUUCCACAUACAGUUUUCUUAGUCUUGGGUUGCGAUUCAGAACCUCUCUCUGAUCUCAUGUGUAAGUUGGAAUUUGACCGGACCAAAAAGUGUACAGAUCACUGUCCUCGGAAAUUUUGUGUUUAA